CCGCUAUGAUAUUUUCCUCAUUCAUACCUCAGAUAGUUCUUUUUCCGUCUCGACAUCCUGCAGUCUUCCUCAGGAUAAUGAAAAUCCCGCUGCCAGAAAGACUCAGUGAGGCACCGCAAGCGCCGUUGCGCGCGGCAUAGCCUUGGGCCACUGUCACUUCAACUCUCCCACUGUUCAUCUACUCUUGCCAUGCCCAAAAUCAGAACAUCCAGGACAAAGCAGCCACCAGAAGGAUUUGAGGAAAUCGAAUCCGUUUUGGACGACUAUGCGCGCAAAAUGCGAGAUGCUGAGAACGAAUCUCACGACGGCAAACGAAAAUCUGAAUCCCUGUGGCCUAUCAUGCGUAUUGCACACACGCGGUCGAGAUACGUGUAUGAGCUGUACUACAAACGGGAAGCUAUCAGCCGGGAAUUGUACGAUUGGUUGUUGAAAGAAGGUUACGCAGAUGCAAAUCUCAUUGCUAAAUGGAAGAAGUCUGGUUAUGAGAAGCUCUGCUGUCUUAGGUGCAUUCAAACUAAGGACAUGAACUAUCAGGGCUCAACGUGCGUAUGCCGUGUACCGAAAGCUCAAGUACGAUCGGGAACAGUCGUAGAAUGUGUUCAUUGCGGUUGCCGUGGAUGUAGUUCAGACUCUUAGCGCAGCUAAUGCAUGACAUAGAGAUCUCAGUAGAACACCUGCUACCUUCUGUUUGCCAGACGGUAAGUCCCGGUGGGAGAGUGUACUUCUAUACAAAUUCCCACCCCUUCUUCUCAGUAGUCAUGUACAAUAUCCACAAUCCUCUUUUCGGAACUAUUCUGUAUGAAGACCCCUCAAGUUAGUUGAUCCCUCGCCAAGAGUACCCCUGGUCUCUGGACAAUGUUAGGGAUCUAUUGACCCCGUAUGUUACCC